CUGUCUUCGAGCCCUACAGGGCUGUGUUUUUUUGGAUCUUGCAGCCAAUGCGAAAAAAAGGUAAUAAUGAGCGGGGCCAGCGAGCACGAAUUGGCAGCGCUCCCGAAGCUGCUCUGAAUAGGAAGCGAAGAGCAGCAUGCACGCCGGAGAAAGGCUGGAAAAAGCGAGUCGACGUCGGAUCAAAGGGGGAAAUGCAUAACAGAUGCCCGAGUGCGCUCCCUCCCCUCGCCUCCGUGUCGGUCACACGUAAAAUCCGUCCCCAGCCUGAAAGCGGUCCAGCGGGGGACUACCAGCGGAGGGGAUGGGACGCGGCUCGCCUCCCCUCCUAACGUGCACGGCUGUCACUGCGAGCGGCGGACCCGCGGCAUCGUACCACCUUUUUUAUCUUUUUUUUUUUUUUUGCGGAUUGCCCGUGGAGUCUCUCCGUCUCCAGAGGGGUUGGGGGAAGCGGCUGGAUGGACGCAAGCAAACACGGCUUUGUUUGAGCUGUAACGCACGGUGAGCCGCUCUCCGGAGCCCGUGCUGUCCGUUGCGUUGCAGGAUCGGGGUCUCCGACCAGCCCCCCGUCGCUCUGCGCGGACACCGCGCACAUUAAACCGAGUGGAUGCGGAGCGGAGCGCAGCGCUGCGCACCAAUGAUCGCCUUCGCUGCGUGAAGGGGAACCAAGGCGCUAUAUCCACACCAUUCAAGACACGAGUGAGUGAGAGAUGACCCUGGUCCUGUCCAUGAAUCCAUUCUGUGACCACGCCGCCUGUGAGGAGGAGUCCACCCUCCCACAGUACCAGCCCAUCUGGGAGUCUGAGCACUGCAGCAAGAGCUGUGUCUCCAGCCCCUCGCCACCAGGAGGCGCCGUGGAGCAGCUUGCCGAAGAGCCUCACUGCAGAAGACCACCCGAUCAUGUGGUGGCCUCGAGGAUCGCCUACUUUAAAAGAAAAUAUGUGGAGGAGGACCAGCCUCCCUUCAGCUUCAGAGGCUACUGUCAGACCGUGGCACCAGUGCUGGAAGAGCGUGCACAUGUGCUGCGCCUGUCCCUGGAGAAGAUGCGCUUUAUCGACGACCCCGAGGCCUUCCUGCGACGCUCAGUGCUUGUCAACAACCUGCUGCGCCGGCUUCGCGCGGAGAUCCUGCUGCAGAGUGAGUGGUGCCUCCCACCAGGCCCCGCCCCCACCUGCCCCUGGGAGGCCCCUCCGGGGCCCUACCGCAAGCGCUUCCGGCUAAUCCGCGGGGAGGCCCCAGAAUGCCUGCAGACCUGCUGCUGCUUCUGUGGGGGGCGCUAUCUGCGCUUGCCAUUCUCCGUCUAUGAAGACACGGCCACCUCAUCUUCCUCCUCCUCCUCCUCCUCCUCGUCAUCAUCCUCCACCUCCUACGCCUCAUCCUUCUGCACGUCCUCCUCCCCUUCCUUUCCCCAGCUCCUCCCCACGGAUAGCAGGAAGACCCAUCUGGACUCCUUGUAUCCUGGGCUGGACCUGCCCGAGGCAGGCAGCACUGAGGGGCCUGCGGACCCCAAAGAGCGGCCGAGGUUGCGUGAAAGGGAGCGGCCCAAGGCGGGGCAUUCACGCUGGGGCGAGCUCGGACCUGAGCCGGGGGUCCAGGAGAGCAGGAGACUGUGAAGCAGAGAGAGCGAGAGGGAGGGGCCUGGGGGGGUCCGCCAGCACGCCGAGGGGCAGCCAGAACCAGCUGAGGUUUUUCACUUGUGACGAUUGGGCAGGUCCGGCACGGCCCGUUUGGACUGAGGUCCAUUUCCGCAUCUUCAUCUGCCCGCUCUCCUGGUCUUUCCCAUGCAGCCGUCCCAUUUGUCCAGAUUGACAAACACAUGGUGCCUUAAUUUUAUAAAUGUUUUUUUGUUUCUGAUCUUGUACCUAAACCGUCUAUAAUUUCAUGAAAAUUACUUUUGAGACCCCCCCCCCAGCUCAGCAGGGGGUCCUGGGGGGUGUCACCCCACUGGCCAUCACCUACAGGGGGUGCUGCUGUCUAGGCCCGAGGCGAGGUGCAGAAUGACAUAAUUCAGACAUGAUGACAUAAUUUGGACAUGAUGACAUAAUUUGGACAUGAUUCAUGCCCCACCCAGAAUGAAGGACCCUAAUACGCUGUUUGUGAAAAAGACUACCUGCCCCCCCUCCCCACCUCCCAGGAGAAUUUCACAGCCCGAGGGCGACAUGCACCCUGCCUGAAGCGAGGAGUCAGGUGACCCAGCUGGCCCCCUGUCCUACCUGGUGACUGCUGGAUUUCUCCCCCUCGCGACCAAAUCGCAUCUCCAGAGACAUUAUCUGUUGAAUAGCUACCAUUCUGACGAAGUGCAGGCGAAAGAACCUUCCGGAAAGACUGUAUUAAUUUUGUGAAUUUUCCUUCAGUAGUUUAAAUUUGCUUUGAUUUAUCGAGAGCUUUCUAGAAUCAGAUGACAACGAAACCCAGGCAGGGAGCGACACUGCAGCAGGUUUGGAUAUAAGCGCUCAGAAGCACAAAGGUUUGCUUUUUCUUAAAGGGACGGUGGUUAGAAGUGAACCCACUUUGAUCAGGUGUUCUGUGUGAUGUUUUUGUGACAAUUGUAAAAAUUAUAAUGAAUAAAAUGUUAUCACAUG